UGGCCCGCGAUCCUGAGCCCUGAGCCGGCGCCGGGCAGGAGGCCCUGUAACUCCAGCCACACUCCCGCCCCUGCCCGCCCCUCCUUCACCUCAGUCUUGGGCUGGGCUGCCCACAAUGCCUCCUAUUCAGCCCCGUCCCGGCUGCCAGGCCUGCGGGCCCGACAGGGGGGCUCCCGCCGCAUCCAGGCUGGACUGGCAGUGUGAGGCGAGGCGGCAUGGAGGGGCCCCGGAGAGUCUCCUUGGUGCUGCUGCUUCUGCUGCUGCUGCCACUGGGCCCAGCUUGGCAUACAGCUGCCCAACGCUGCCCACAGACGUGCAUUUGCGACAGUCCCGGGCGGCACGUGGCCUGUCGGCACCAGAACCUCACGGAGGUGCCAGACGCCAUCCCUGAGCUGACUCAGCGGCUGGACCUCCAAGGCAACAUGCUGAAGGUGAUCCCCCCAGCUGCCUUCCAGGAUCUGCCUUAUCUGACACAUCUGGACCUGCGGCACUGCCAGGUGGAGCUGGUGGCCGAGGGCGCCUUCCGCGGCCUGGGCCGCCUGCUCCUCCUCAACCUGGCCUCCAACCGCCUGAGCUCGCUGCCCCAGGAGGCCCUGGAUGGGCUGGGCUCGCUGCAGCGGCUGGAGCUGGAGGGGAACAUGCUGGAGGAGCUGCGGCCGGGCACGUUCGGGGCGCUGGGGGCGCUGGCCACACUGAACCUGGCCCACAACGCCCUGGUCUACCUGCCCGCCAUGGCCUUCCAGGGGCUGGCGCGCGCGCGCUGGCUGCAGCUGGCCCACAACGCGCUCAGCGUGCUGGCCCCCGAGGCCCUGGCCGGCCUGCCCGCCCUGCGCCGGCUCAGCCUGCACCACAACGAGCUGCAGGCCCUGCCGGGGCCAGCCCUGUCCCAGGCCCGCGUCCUGGCCCGCCUCGAGCUGGGCCACAACCCCUUCACCUACGUGGGCGAGGAGGACGGGCUGGCGCUGCCCGGCCUCCGGGAGCUGCUGCUGGACCACGGCGCCCUGCAGGCGCUGGACGCCAGGGCCUUCGCGCGCUGCCCCCGCCUGCACACCCUGGACCUCCGCGGGAACCAGCUGGCCGCCCUGCCCCCGCUGCAAGGCCCCGGGCGGCUGCGCCGGCUGCGGCUGCAGGGCAAC